AUGCAUAAAAAUCAUAGAAGUCUUGGAGAAUUUUUUGGAACAGCAUUUAUAACUUUUAUAGUUACAAAUAUUGAUGAUAUUAUUGUUUUAAUGGGUUUUUUUACUGAAGCAGCAACACAAAAUUCAGGAAUUAAGGUUUAUGAUAUAUUUUUUGGUCAAUAUUUAGGUUUUUCUAUAUUAUUAGUACUUAGUCUUAUUGGUUAUGCUACAUCAUAUAUAUUACCUGUUCAAAUGUUAGGAUUUCUUGGGUUUUUGCCAAUAAUUCUUGGCAUCAAAGGUAUAAUUAAUCUCUUUCGAAAUGAUGAUGAUAUUUCAGCAAGUGAACUUGAAUCAAUUCGUAGCGAAGAUAGAACGGAUGGAGAUUACACAUCCGAAUCGACAAGACGACAAUCACAAGAUACAAAUAUUGACAUGUCUUCAAAAAAUAAACUAAAAGAAAAAUUUUCAAAAAUUCGUAAUUAUGAUUUCAAUAUUCAAACAUUAAAAGUUGCAGGCGUAACUAUAGCAAAUGGUAUUGAUAAUAUUGCAAUCUAUACACCAUUAUUUGCUCAAGCAUCGAAAUGGCAAAUUGUUGGUUAUAUUGGAAUAUUUCUUUUGAUGGUAUUUAUUUGGCUUAUUAUUUCAUAUUGUUUUAUUAGUUAUAAACCAAUAUUAUCAAUUGCACAAAAAUAUGCACGAUAUAUUAUUCCGGUAGUUUUUAUUGGAAUUGGAAUUUAUAUUCUUAUUGUAUCAGAUUGUUUUCCAUGGUUAGAACGAGCUAUUGAAACAAAAAACUUUAAAAAUGGUUAA